AUGAGCCAGUUGAAUGAAUCCAAGGAGACUAUGCCUAGUCCUCCGGUGUUAAAGACAACUAUCAUUCAAUUGAAUAAGGAAUUGGAUCAGGACGAUAGUAAUUAUGAAAUUUUGACGAACGAAUAUAACCAGAACAAGGAAAGUACUAGUGUGACCACAACCAACAUCCCAGCAUCCAUGGUGGGUAGUAUUCAAGGCAAAAAGAAACGGAGAAGAUCUUCCGCCAAUGUGGACUCCGAUGAGCUUCUCAAGAGGAAAAAUGACACUAAGCAGCUCCAUUCGAUCAUUGAAAAGAGGAGGAGAAUAAAGAUUAACAGAGAAUUUGAAGCAUUAAAGUAUCUUAUACCAGCAUGUCGUUUGACCUCCUCCAGUGGUGGAACAAACGGUAAGGGGGCAGGUACCAAUAAUGGAAGCAAGAUUGACGGGAUGUACAAACUCACAAUCUUGAAGUCGUCCGUGGAAUACAUAUUAUACUUGCAUCACAUUAUACAGCAACAGCACAAUUUGAUAAACGCUAAUAUGGACAAUAACAAGUAUAAAUUUGACAUAGAUUUUGCUAAGAUCCCAUUAGAUGUCAACACUUAUAGAAACAUAAAUAAGGAUUUCAACUUCAAGGAAUUGAUAACAAGCAUUCAAGAUACACCCUCCUUUAAUAGUCCUAAAGAACGUGAUUCCGUGAUCGAAGAAGACUACGAAGAGGAUUCGGUAAAUGAUGAUAAAAGCCAGUUAUUGAGUCCAGAUAUAACGCCAGAUAUGGCCCCUGCGUUAUCAAUGUUGAACAAGUAUAUGACUAUAGCCAGAGAAUCGAGCACGUCUUCAGUGUCGCCAAAUGGUGGGUUGCAAUCUACUUUCUCUUGUCCCUCGACAACUGAUAACUCACCAUACAAUAAUCCAAUGAAGUUUUCUAGCACAGGAAAGUUCAAUAAGUUCCAGCUACCAGACCCUGCCUUAACCCCUACCGAGUACGAAAAUGUUGACGCUAAUCAAUAUCAAUAUGGUCCAAAAAAGAAACUAUUCAAAGCCAAAAUUCCACCAAACAAUACAGUCUUGUUCAAUCGUCCUUUAAAUAUUAAAUGUGUUUCCUCCGAUAGGACACGUGAAGAUAAGUUGUCUGAUCAAGAUGCUUCAAAAACAUUGUUAGCUUUAAGAAAAUCUAGCAUUGACAGCUUAUUAAAUUGA